AUGUUAUCAUCAGAACAUGUACCAUCAAUAUUCUUCAAUAAAUCCAGAUCGAUUGAUGAAACUAAUCUUUAUGAUGGUGAUAUUGAUGAAGGUGGUGCUAAUAAAACUCCAUAUGAUAUUAUCGAACAUGAUGUAACUACUUUAGCAAAAGCUAAUAAUUUACCACCACCUGAUUCAUUCGAUGCAUUACAACUUGGUAGUGAAAGAUUACGAACAAUAAUUGCUGCACUUCAUUGUAAUAUACUCGUACGUAAAGAAGAUCUUGUACGAAAUUUGGAUUAUAUCGCAAAUAUUCUUGAAGCUGUUCAUCAAGAUGAAACAAGAAGAUUAAUGGAAGAAGAUGACGGUGCAUUAUCAGAGAUUGAACCAGAUUCUGUACCAAAUGAAGUACGAGAUUGGUUAGCAAUGACAUUUACUCGAUCCAUGUCAACAAUUAAACGACGUCCAUCAGACAAACCUAAAUUUAAAAGUGUUGCACAAGCCAUACGUGCUGGUAUUAUGGUAGACAGGUACCUGAGACGUUUAUCUAUCGACAUUAAAUUUAAGACAAUUAAUGAAUGGACAUUUGAUGUAUUUUCUGUGAAUGAAUUUACAAGUGGUCAAUGUUUACGUUACGUUGGUUUUGAACUUAUGCAAAGAUAUAAUUUACCAAAUAAACUUCAUAUAUCUAUAACUGCUUUAAAUAAUUUUCUUGAACAAAUGGAAAGUGGUUAUAGUAAAUAUCGUAAUCCAUAUCAUAAUUUAAUUCAUGCAGCUGAUGUUUUACAAACAACAUAUCAAAUCAUUUACAAUUCUGGUCUCAUGAAUUGGCUUAAUGAUCAUGAAUUAUUCGCAAUGUUUAUUGCAGCUAUUGUUCAUGAUUUUGAACAUACAGGAACGUCGAAUAACUUUCAUAUUCAAUCUAGAUCGGAUGUUGCGUUAAUAUAUAAUGAUCGUGCUGUAUUGGAAAAUCAUCAUGUAAGCGCUGCAUUUCGAUUAAUGCGAAUAGAUGAUUAUAAUAUUUUAUCUGAAUUUACACCGGAAGAAUUUAAAAAUUUUCGACAUUUGGUUAUUGAAAUGGUACUUGCUACAGAUAUGAGUAGUCAUUUUGCGCAAUUAAAAACUAUGAAAAGUCUUUUAAGUAUGCCGGAAAAUAUUGAAAAAUCUAAAGCAUUAGCAUUAGUACUACAUAGUGCUGAUAUAAGUCAUCCAGGAAAACCUUGGAGUAUUCAUUAUUCAUGGACUGAAUCAUUAAUGGAAGAAUAUUUUAAACAAGGUGAAAAAGAAAAAGAACUCGGUUUGCCAUGUUCACCAUUAUGUGAUCGAGAUAAUACACUUGUUGCCGAAUCUCAAAUUGGUUUUAUUCAAUAUAUUGUUGAACCUUCAUUUGUUGUUAUGGGUGAUAUGCUUGAAAAAAUACUUAAAUCUUUAUCUGUACCAGAUUCUGAACUUCCAUCACCAUCGAUACCAGCUAAAAGUAUUGCUUCAUCUCCAUCACCACCUCCAUCACCAAAAUCUUCAAAUGACUCAAAUCAUCAACAUGAUGAAGACAAUGGACGUGAAAGAAAACCAUCAUCAAUGACAACACCUUUACCUCGACUGACUAUUGUUCGACGACCAUGGAUUGAAUAUUUGAAAGAAAAUCGUGAACGAUGGAUACGAGAAGCAGAAGAAGAAAAACGUCGAAAAGAAUUAAAAGUUAUUGAAGAAGAACCUUAA